AUGACGUCAUCAGAGUUUGCUGGUGGGCCUGCGCAAGGCCUAAAUGGCUUAGGAGUUUUCUACUACGAUUCACAAACACAACAAUCAACACCGUCUGCCUAUUUUCCGACACAACCUACAGCCGUUGCCCCAACGGCCAGUUUUACGUCCCAGUCAACACAGGAUCCGAGUCUAUGCUAUCCUCAACAAUCGGUCGAUUGGAACAAAGACGAGAAAGAGGAGAAAAAAGAUGGGGAUGAAGAGAAACCCGGUGUAGCUGCCGUUUAUCCAUGGAUGACUCGAGUACAUUCGAGUUCCGGUGAAGAUGCGCCCGGAUGA